UGGUGUGCUGGUGCUGGUGGCGCGGAUACUAGCCUACCGCUCGGCGGACGCGACACUCGUCGGCAGCCGCGCAGCGCACGUGCUACACCUCGGGAUACGCUCCAGGACAGCUCACGGUGGGCAGCGGCAGUGGGUAUGCGCCACUAGCGGCCACCGCCACCAGCAGCAGCACACAGCAGCAGCAGAGACCGGCAGCGCGGCGGCGAGCGACGACCUGCAAACGAUGACAGACCCGCGAGGCAGCCCGCUGGGCAACGAGAAGCAGCUGCUGUCGCUCGAGAUGAACCAGUGCGGCGGCUCGGCGCUGCUCGAGGCGGUCGAGGUGACGACCGGAUCCGGCGCGGCCGCCGCCGUCGGGGGCGGCAAGACGUCGGAGCCGCUGCCCGAGCGCGGCACGUGGGCCGGCAAGCUGGACUUCAUCCUGUCCGUCGUGGGGCUCGCCAUCGGGCUGGGCAACGUGUGGCGCUUCCCCUACCUGUGCUACAAGAACGGCGGCGGCGCCUUCCUCAUCCCCUACUUCCUCACGCUCGUCCUCGCCGGCAUCCCCAUGUUCUUCAUGGAGCUCGCCCUCGGCCAGAUGCUCACCAUCGGCGGGCUCGGCGUCUUCCGGAUCGCGCCCCUCUUCAAGGGUAUUGGAUAUGCAGCAGCAGUAAUGUCUUGUUGGAUGAACAUAUACUACAUUGUCAUCCUUGCCUGGGCCAUCUUUUAUUUUUUCAUGUCACUUCGUUCUGAUGUUCCCUGGAGAACGUGUAACAAUUACUGGAACACACCUAACUGUGUGAAUGCUUACGAAAGAAGCAAUUUGACUUGCUGGGAAGUGCCAUAUAACAACACAGCAAAUUCAAAAAUAUGUGCUGUGAAUCAAUUAAACAUCUCUGUGAGGGAACUAACAGAUCCUGUUAAGGAGUUCUGGGAACGACGAGCACUACAGAUUUCAGAAGGUGUUGAGCAUGUUGGCGGUAUUAGAUGGGAGCUUGCUGGGACUCUGCUACUUGUUUGGGUCAUGUGCUACUUUUGCAUCUGGAAGGGUGUCAAAUGGACUGGCAAAGUGGUGUACUUCACUGCUCUGUUUCCUUAUGUGCUUCUGACUGUACUCCUGAUACGUGGAAUUACAUUACCUGGAGCCGCUGAGGGAAUCAGAUUUUAUAUCAGCCCGAACCUGUCCAAAUUGCAGGAGUCUGAGGUAUGGAUUGAUGCUGUCACACAAAUAUUUUUCUCCUAUGGCCUUGGACUUGGCACACUUGUGGCCUUAGGAAGUUACAACAAGUUUACUAACAAUGUUUACAAGGAUGCACUUAUUGUCUGUUCUGUGAAUUCAAGUACUAGUGUCUUUGCUGGUUUUGUCAUCUUCUCGGUAGUUGGAUUCAUGGCCCAUGAACAACAGAAGCCAGUUGCGGAAGUAGCAGCUUCAGGACCAGGGCUGGCAUUUCUUGCUUAUCCAUCUGCUGUUCUACAGUUGCCUGGUGCUCCAGUAUGGUCAUGUUUAUUUUUCUUAAUGUUGCUUUGUAUUGGCCUUGACAGUCAGUUCUGUACAAUGGAAGGAUUUGUAACAGCAAUGGUUGAUGAGUGGCCACAGUUGCUGCGCAGAAGAAAAGAGAUAUUUAUUGCUAUUGUAUGCUUCCUAUCAUAUUUAGUUGGACUGUCCUGCAUUUCACAGGGAGGAAUGUAUGUAUUUCAAAUAUUGGAUUCAUAUGCAGUCAGUGGAUUCUGUUUAUUGUUCCUGAUAUUCUUUGAAUGCAUUGCAAUUUCCUGGGCAUUUGGAGUGAAUCGCUUUUAUGAUGGAAUAAAGGAUAUGAUUGGUUACUACCCAUUCAUGUGGUGGAAGUUCUGUUGGACUAUAGCUACUCCAUUUAUAUGUGUGGGUGUUUUCAUAUUUAACCUUGUUCAAUGGACACCAAUUAAAUAUCUGGAUUAUGAAUAUCCAUGGUGGAGCCACUUCCUUGGUUGGAUUACAGCUUUGUCAUCAAUGUUGUGCAUACCAGGAUAUAUGAUUUAUCUGUGGCUAAAAACACCUGGUGAUUUUAGAAUGAAAAUGAAAUUGUUGGUACGAAUAGAGGAUGAUAUUUCCACUUUACGUGAGAAAAUGACAAGUGGAGUGUCGGAUAUAAGUUCAUUAUAAUGAAGACCAAUGAUUUACUAAACUAAAUAAAACUCUGUGUCCAAAAACAGUGAAGAAGAAUGAAAUUAUUUGUGAAGUGACAAAACAAAAUGUUGUGUUCAUGAGCAGUAGGGAUAUUUACAUGAAAGUGUCUUCCAUUGUAACACCAGAGUUUAUCUAGUGUUCUAGAGUCAAGACAGCAGAAUGGAUUCAUCUCAGUUAAUUAGAAAAUGCUUGAUAAUAUACCUGUGUUAGUGUACAUAAACCUCAAAAAUGGAAUCGAAGCAAAUGCGGUACUUCUUUUCACAAAUGUGAUGUGUAUCGCAUUGGACAUACGACAUGGAUGGGGAAUGGAAGAUUCAUGCAUUCUCUACAAGCACUUAAGGGAACAGAAACAGCAGAAUUAAACAUGUACAAAUAAAUGUUAUGAGUGUUUUUAAAUGAUAUUUGAGUAAUUGAUAAUGUGGCUGUUGCUGCUGCUGUUGUUUAUACAUGUACUUCUAGUGCAUCUGCGUUAAAAUAAGAUUUCUGAUCAAUGUAUCUCAUAGUUUAAGAACAAUCUCACUAUUCAUAUCAUUUUUCAUUCAUCAGAACAGAAGUUACAUGCCACAUAAACCAGAUGUGGAAAAUGUGGAACAACCUCCACGUAAAUAGAAAAAUUAAAAUGUCAAAAGUGGCAUACUUUUGUUCAGUAAGAGCAUUUGUUAGAAGUAUAUUAGUGUUUCCUUUAUUUGCAGAAACAAGAAAAAUAAUUUCAAGUAAUGUUUUAUUUAUUUCAUUUUGUACAUUAAAUCUGUUUCUGUGUGCUGUUGACAAUCAUAGUACCCAUUCACCUCUCCUGCAUUUUUAUGUUUUGACAUUUUAAUA